GACGCUGCGGGGGGGGGCUGUGACGUCACCCCGCCAGGCUGGUCCCGCAGAGCGUCAGGACCGACACCGACACCGGAGCAUCAUCUAUCUGGACGGACCUGGAGCUGGAUCAGGGUCAGCAUCACGACCUGGAUCUGGGUCUGGAUCUGGACCCCGACCCUGACCGUGGAGGAUUCCAGCCCAGAUCCUGAGUCCGCAGCCCCGCAGAUGAAGAUGGAGAUGCAGAAGAUGGAGGCGGAACACCCACAGAUCAGAGCCGUUCCCAUGACGACCUGAUGCAUCUGGACACACACCAUGCAGUGUUCCUGGAAGUCGGUGGUUGUGUUGGCAUUGGCGUCUGUGGCGGUCCAAUACACGGCGGUCCGAACCGUCCGGACUUUCUCCAGCAGCCUGCUCUGCUCCGUGGGCCUGGCCCCCACCAGCUGCACCACCAACUGGAGCCUCCAUCCCUCCAACCGGGCAGUCAGGCGGACACGUCAAGGCUCACACCCUGGCUGCCGCCACGCCUCAGGCCAUGCUGAUAGUGGAACCAACAUCCUGAUCCUGGCCACCACACGGAGCGGAUCCUCAUUUGUUGGUCAGCUAUUCAACCAGCAUCCGGAGGUGUUCUACCUGUUCGAGCCCUUGUACCACGUCCAGAUGUCCCUACUUCCCCGGCCGGCUCAGACGGGAAACGUGGCUGAGAGAAGGGUGAUGCUGCGAGCCUCCAGGGAGCUGCUUCGGUCUCUUUUCCGAUGUGGUCUCCACAGCCUGGAGGGCUACAUUCACCCCCGACCCUCUGGACACCUGACGGAGAAGUUGUUCAGAAGAGGCGCCAGCCGCUCUCUUUGUUCCUCGCCUGUAUGCGGGGCUGCUCUCGACCCAAAAGAGCAGAACCUGGUUCUGGCUGAUGAAGGGGAGUGCGUGAGGAGGUGUGGCCCACUCAAUUUGACGCUGGCAGUUGACGCCUGCAGAGCCAAACGCCACACUGCUAUUAAGACGGUCCGAAUCCCCCAAAUCAGCGACCUCAGGCCGCUGAUAGAAGACCCGGGACUCAACUUGAAGGUGAUCCAGCUGGUUCGAGAUCCGCGCGGCAUCCUGGCCUCUCGUAUCGAGACGUUUCGAGACACAUACCGUCUGUGGCGUCUAUGGAGGGCGACCGGACGUCGACCCCCCAAUCUGGACCUGAGACAGAUCAGUACGGUCUGUGAGGACUUCCUCCGCUCGGUGUCCACAGGACUGUCCAGACCGGCCUGGCUUAAAGGAAGGUACACGCUGCUCAGGUAUGAAGACUUGGCCAGGUCCCCCCUCCAGAAAACCCGGGAGCUGUUCAGCUUCCUUGGCCUGGCUCUGGACCGCAGCGUGGUGGACUGGAUUCUGAACAACACCCGAGGUGGCAGGGACCCGUCUUCUCGGCAGAAGUUCACCACGGCCCGUGACUCUGCGGCCAAUGCUGAGAACUGGAGGCUGAAGCUGUCCCUGGACAUGGUUCUGUAUACGCAGACUGCCUGUCAGCCGCUGCUGGGCCUCCUCGGAUACAAGACGGUGGUCCACCCCCGGGAACUGAGGAACCUGAGCCGGUCUCUGGUGGAGAACAGGACGUUCCUGCCUUUUUCUUGACCUGGGGCCCGGGCGUUCCCUCAGGGGUUCUGGAUGUCCUCAGCCCGAUAGUAGAGGAGGACAUGGACUUGACUCCGUCUCAGAAUCUUUAACCAAUCAUCUCCUCUGUUGUCGAUGAGAGUUCCUUCACUUUCAUUAAACCUCACAUGUACGAUCACUUCCUGUUUGGUUCUGAGUUGUUUGUUCAAAUCUGAUGUUUCCAGGCUGUGAAUUCUUCCAUCCUGCUGCUCAGUUGAAGCUGUGAAGU